CAGAGCGUAAGAAAAAGUCGCUGUCACCUCUCCUUACCUGCGGUCUUCACAAUGAAGGGUUUGGUGCUGACCCUACUUCUGCUUCCCUUGUUGGGGCUCCAGGAAGGCGCACGAGCCUGCAGCUGCAUCCCGAUGCAUCCGCAGCAGAUGUUUUGCCAAGCACAUUUCGCUAUCAGAGCCACAGUUGUCGGGAAGACUGGAGUCACAACUGGUCGGAACAUAACGGACUUUGUCGUCAAUAAAAUCAAAUAUGAUGUCAAACUGAUCAAGAUGUUCAAGGGCCCUGAGAAUUUAAAUGCCGUCUACACGGCAUCAAGCUUUGCAGCGUGUGGAGUCAAUCUGAUCGUUGGCAGACAGUAUUUCAUCUCGGGACAGGAUUGGGACGGCUUUCUACAGGUUGACCAAUGCGGUUUUGUUCGGCCUUGGAGUGACUUGAGUGCCAUGCAGAGGAAAGGUUUGUCACAGACCUACAAAACGGGUUGCAACUGCAAGAUCACACGCUGCACAUCUAUCCCUUGCGGCAGCGGCUUCUCGGAGUGCUUGUGGCCAGACUCUCUGAUGUUCCAGAACUUUGCUUGCGUUGAGAAAAAUGACGGCUCUUGUGCCUGGUUCAGUGGACUUGCCUAGACUAAAAAAGCUUCAUGGACAUCAAUACCUUGUCUAAAA